GAUACGGCGGGGCUGGUGUUUUCAUAAACAGAAGUUUACUCACUGAAAGAGAGAAGGUUAUCUAUGACAACGGCUUGAGAACCUACAGCGCUAACCAACUGGCCAGUGAGAAGACGCCUUUGAGAAGAAACAUUGACUUCCAUAUGCCAGAAUGCAAGAACCUAACAUACGAUACUGCAAAGCUGCCCAAAGCCGGGAUAGUAAUUAUCUUCACAGAUGAAAUGUGGUCCUCGCUGAUGAGAACAGUUUUCAGCAUUCUAGACGCUGGUCCGGAAGAGCUGAUCUCUGAAAUUAUCCUUGUAGACGACGCUUCUCAAAAAGAUCACCUUGGCCAGCCUCUAGAUGACUACAUUAGAAUCUUUAAUGGAAAAGUCAAAGUAGUUCGUUUACCAGAGAGGAAAGGUCUGAUAGCAGCACGAUUGGUCGGAUUUGAGCACGUGACAGGAGAAGCGGUCGUCUACCUUGAUGCCCAUAUGGAAGUUAACAAAGGUUGGCUGGAGCCCUUGUUACACAGAAUCAAACAGGACGAAACCGUCAUAGCUAUCCCACACAUUGACGUACUUGACUGGGACACUUUUAAG